CCGGGGCCGGCCCGGCGGCACCAUGGCCGGGACCAGCAGCCCCGAAGCCGUGAAGAAGCUGCUGGAAAACAUGCAGGGAGACCUGCGGGGCCUGAGCCUGGAGUGUCGGAAAAAAUUCCCCCCCGUCAAGGAGGCUGCUGAAUCAGGAAUAAUAAAAGUGAAAACAAUAGCUGCACGCAACACUGAUAUUUUGGCAGCACUGAAAGAGAACAGCUCAGAAGUAGUUCAACCUUUUCUCAUGGGUUGUGGAACAAAGGAACCAAAGAUCACUCAGUUAUGUCUAGCAGCCAUACAGAGGCUCAUGUCCCAUGAAGUUGUUUCAGAGGCUGCAGCAGGAAACAUUAUUAAUAUGCUUUGGCAAUUGAUGGAGAAUAGCCUUGAAGAACUUAAAUUGCUCCAGACAGUUCUUGUACUUUUAACAACCAACACUGUUGUGCAUGAUGAAGCACUGUCCAAGGCAAUUGUACUUUGCUUUCGAUUGCACUUCACAAAAGAUAAUAUCACAAAUAACACCGCGGCAGCUACAGUGCGGCAGGUGGUUACUGUUGUGUUUGAGAGAGUGGUUGCUGAAGAUGAACGAUAUAAAGAUAUUAUUGACCAGCCAGUUGCAGUUCAAGGAAAUAGUAACAGAAGAUCUGUCAGUACACUGAAACCAUGUGCUAAGGAUGCAUACAUGCUUUUUCAGGAUCUUUGUCAGUUAGUUAAUGCCGAUGCUCCUUACUGGCUUGUGGGUAUGACAGAAAUGACCCGGACAUUUGGCCUCGAACUUCUUGAGUCAGUCCUCAAUGACUUUCCACAAGUGUUUUUACAACAUCAGGAAUUCAGUUUUCUUCUUAAAGAAAGGGUAUGCCCUCUAGUUAUAAAGCUCUUCUCCCCAAAUAUCAAAUUCAGGCAAGGUUCCAGCACGUCAUCUUCCCCAGCACCAGUGGAAAAACCAUACUUCCCCAUCUGUAUGCGUUUGCUGAGAGUAGUUUCUGUUUUGAUUAAACAGUUUUACAGUUUGCUGGUAACAGAAUGUGAAAUCUUUCUGUCAUUGCUGGUUAAGUUUCUGGAUGCAGACAAACCACAGUGGCUAAGAGCUGUUGCAGUAGAAUCUAUUCACAGGCUUUGUGUGCAGCCUCAGCUAUUAAGGUCCUUUUGUCAAUCGUAUGAUAUGAAGCAACAUUCCACUAAAGUUUUCCGUGAUAUUGUGAAUGCAUUGGGAUCCUUCAUCCAGUCACUAUUUCUUGUACCAAGCACAGGGAACACAUCAGCAACACCAAACCAAACUGGAAGCAAUGCAUCAGGGAAUACUGGCUCAGCACAGACUAACCCAGGAGUGCUAGGAAUGGGAGGAGGUGCAACUGUGUUACCUGCCUUUGAGUACAGAGGCACUUGGAUACCCAUCCUGAAUGUAACAGUACAAGGCAGCGCUAAAGCUACAUAUUUGGAAAUGCUGGACAAAGUAGAGCCACCUACAAUCCCUGAAGGCUAUGCCAUGUCGGUGGCAUUUCACUGUUUACUGGAUCUUGUCCGUGGUAUCACUACCAUGAUUGAAGGAGAACUGGAAGACACAGAAACAGUCACUCCAACCACAGCAGAGACAACUUCAUUACCGGCACAGUCUUCAGAGCAGCAAGAUUUGCAGUCUCUUUCUGAUCAAUCAGAGAAAGAACUAGUUAGCAGAGCUGUCUGGGAAGAAAUGGUGAAUGCUUGUUGGUGUGGUCUUCUGGCUGCUUUAUCCCUCCUACUUGAUGCAAGUACUGAUGAAGCUGCCACUGAAAAUAUUCUAAAAGCAGAAUUGACCAUGGCUGCACUUUGUGGAAGACUGGGUCUUGUUACAUCAAGAGAUGCCUUUAUCACUGCCAUUUGCAAAGGAUCCUUGCCUCCUCACUAUGCCCUUACUGUAUUAAACAGCACAACUGCAGCUCUAUCCAGCAAAUCAUAUUCCAUUCAGGGACAGAAUGUUCAAAUGAUUAGUCCCUCAAGUGAGUCUCAUCAGCAAGUUGUAGCAGUAGGGCAACCCUUAGCUCUUCAGCCACAGGGAACAGUAAUGUUGACGUCAAAAAAUAUCCAGUGUAUGAGGACAUUACUCAACUUAGCUCACUUCCAUGGAGCCGUUCUUGGUACAUCUUGGCAGCUUGUCCUGGCUACUCUUCAGCAUCUUGUGUGGAUUCUGGGACUGAAGCCUAGUGUUGGAGGUGCAUUAAAACCUGGAAGAGCUGUGGAAGGGCCCAGUACAGUUCUGACUACAGCAGUUAUGACUGAUCUGCCAUCUAUAUCCAGCAUGAUUUCAAAGCUUUUUGAAAACUCACAGUACCUUGAUGAUGUGUCUUUACAUCACUUAAUAAAUGCCCUUUGUUCCUUGUCUCUGGAAGCCAUGGAUAUGGCCUAUGGAAACAAUAAGGAACCAUCGCUUUUUGCUGUUGCUAAAUUACUGGAAACAGGACUAGUUAACAUGCGCAGGAUUGAGAUUCUUUGGAGACCUCUGACCGGUCAUCUUCUGGAGGUCUGUCAGCAUCCUAACUCCAGAAUGAGAGAAUGGGGAGCAGAAGCUUUAACUUCUCUCAUUAAAGCAGGGUUGACAUUCAGACAUGAUCCUCCAUUGUCUCAAAAUCAGAGACUGCAGUUGCUUUUAUUGAAUCCACUAAAGGAGCUGUCAAACAUUAGUCAUCCUGAUAUCAGGAUCAAGCAGUUGGAGUGUGUGCUACAGAUUUUACAGAGUCAGGGUGACAGCUUAGGACCUGGUUGGCCAUUGGUGCUUGGAGUCAUGGGGGCAAUCCAAAGUGAUCAGGGUGAGUCCUUAAUACGGACUGCAUUCCAGUGUCUUCAGUUGGUUGUGACCGACUUCCUUCCAACAAUGCCAUGUACUUGUCUACAGAUAGUUGUUGAAGUUGCUGGAAGCUUUGGACUUCACAAUCAAGAGCUAAAUAUUAGCUUAACUUCAAUUGGUUUGUUGUGGAAUAUUUCAGAUUAUUUUUUCCAAAGAGGUGAAAUAAUUGAAAAGGAGCUAAACAGAGAAGAAGCAAUGUUGCAGAAACAGGCUGAAGAAAAGGGAGUGAUGCUGAAUAGACCUUUUCAUCCUGCAUCACCAUUCGACUGUCUUUGGUUAUGCCUGUAUGCCAAACUUGGAGAACUGUGUGUGGAUCCCCGACCUGCAGUUAGAAAGAGCGCUGGACAGACAUUGUUUUCUACUAUUGGUGCUCAUGGAACUUUAUUGCAACAUUCAACAUGGCACACAGUAAUAUGGAAGGUUUUAUUUCACCUGUUGGAUAGAGUUCGAGAAUCUUCUACCACAGCUGACAAAGAGAAGAUUGAAUCAGGAGGAGGCAACAUUCUCAUCCAUCAUUCAAGGGAUACAGCUGAGAAACAGUGGGCCGAGACAUGGGUAUUAACACUGGCUGGAGUUGCAAGAAUAUUUAACACCAGGAGAUACUUACUGCAGCCUUUAGGAGACUUUUCUCAAGCCUGGGAUGUUCUUCUUGAUCACAUCCAAUCAGCAGCACUCAGCAAAAAUAAUGAGGUUUCCUUGGCUGCUCUGAAAAGCUUCCAGGAGAUCUUACAAAUUGUUUCUCCCAUUCGAGACUCUGAGAAGCCUGAGACACCACCUGCCAUCAAUGUUUCUGUACCUCUGGUGGUAGGGACAACAACUGCCACUAGUCUUGGUAGAUCAUUCAUGAGAACUGACUCCAUUGGAGAAAGAAUAGGAAGAUAUAAUGGAUCUGAACUGCCUGUAAUAACAGAUGAGAUUGAAGAUUUGAAUCUUUGGUGGGCAGCCUGGAACAGCUGGUAUAGGAUUGGUUCCGAAAGUACAAGGCCUCCAAUUACUUGUGAUAAAUUGACUUUCAUUCCCAGCCAGCCUUUUCUUACAGCUUUAAUUCAAAUAUUCCCAGCUCUUUACCAACACAUCAAAACUGGUUUCAGCAUGGAUGAUCUCCAAAAGCUGGGUGUCAUUUUGCAUGGUGCCGUUUCAGUUCCAAUCAGUUCAGAUGCUUCCCCUUUCAUCCUUCCAUCUUACACUGAAGCAGUUUUGACAAGUUUACAAGAAGCAGUGCUUACAGCUUUAGAUGUUUUACAAAAGGCUAUAUGUGUGGGCUCAGAAAGUAUGCAGAUAAUGUAUCCUGCAAUCUUUGACCAACUGCUGGCCUUUGUAGAAUUUUCAUGUAAGCCUCCACAGUAUGGACAGCUGGAAACAAAGCACAUUGCGAAUGCAAAGUAUAAUCAGAUACAACUAUUUGCACCGGCGGAAUGGGUAGCAUUGAAUUAUGUACCAUUUGCUGAGAGAUCUUUGGAAGUUGUGGUGGACUUAUACCAAAAGACAGCUUGCCAUAAAGCUGUGGUAACGGAGAAAGUUCUUCAGAACAUUAUUAAGACACUAAGAAUACCUCUCAGUCUGAAAUACUCCUGUCCUUCUGAAAGCACAUGGAAGCUAGCUGUUUCCUCUCUUCUCAAAGUUCUCUCCAUUGGACUACCUGUUGCAAGGCAGCAUGCAUCUUCUGGAAAAUUUGACAGUAUGUGGCCAGAGCUAGCAAAUACUUUUGAAGACUUUUUAUUCACAAAAAGUACACCUCCUGAUAAUCUCUCAAUUCAAGAAUUUCAGAAGAAUGAGAGUAUUGAUGUUGAGGUGGUGCAGCUUAUCAGCACAGAGAUACUGCCAUAUGCUAAUUUUAUUCCUAAGGAAUUUGUUGGUCAAAUAAUGACUAUGCUCAAUAAAGGUUCAAUACAUUCUCAGUCCUCCUCCUUUACAGAAGCUGAAAUAGAUAUUCGAAUGAGAGAGGAGUUUUCUAAGGUGUGUUUUGAAACACUGCUCCAGUUUUCAUUCAGUAAUAAAGUCACAACUCCUCAGGAAGGCUACAUUUCUAGGAUGGCACUUUCUGUGCUCUUGAAAAGGUCACAGGAUGUAUUGCAUCGCUACAUAGAAGAUGAGAGAUUGAGUGGCAAAUGUCCUCUUCCACGGCAGCAAGUAACAGAAAUCAUAUUUGUUUUAAAAGCUGUCAGCACUCUCAUAGAUUCACUUAAAAAAACUCAACCUGAAAAUGUUGAUGCUAGCACAUGGGCACAAGUUAUUGCCUUGUACCCGACUUUAGUAGAAUGUAUUACCUGCUCAUCCUCGGAAGUGUGCUCUGCUCUGAAGGAGGCACUGGUUCCUUUUAAGGACUUCAUGCAUCCACCAGCAUCCAAGGUACAGAAUGGAGAGUCUUGACCCCAUAAAACCUCUUUUUUAUUCUUGAAGGGAAAAAAAGUAUCCAAAAAUGUUUGUUCCCGGGUGAAGUUUCUCUGAGGAAAUCUCUUGUGACUAGUACUUUGGCAACUGUGCUGACUGCCUUUUAACUGUACUAACAAGAGCUCAGUAAGUCGUGAAUAUAGGCUAUAUCUCAAAGGUUCCAGAGUGAGUAGCAGUGCAAACCUUUAAUAAAUUUAACUGACUAGUUGGAAUCAUUUAUAAUCUAAUGUACUUGCUACAGUAUCUUAAAGUGGUGAUUGAAAAGUGGGCUUAUGUACAGCUUGUUGUGUAUGUGUUAAUGAUGUAAUUAAAAAUAUUUCAAUUCAGUCAGAUUUAUUAGGCUGGUGUUUUGCACCCUUUUUUUGAAGUACAAAUUGUACUAAAAUUUUAUGCAAGAUGGUACUGUAACAUUCCAUAUAUCUGUAACCAGCCUUUGUAAACAAAGGGAACUGAUAUACUUGUGUGUAUAAUAAAUGGUACAGUUCUGUAUAAAAUAGUUGCAUUUAUUAUUUAAAUUCUUUUUAAAAUAUUGAUAAUGUCAAAUGCUUGAAAAUGUAUUUAUUAUGAAUAAGUUGUAUGCUUGCAUUUUUACUUACAGUUUGCCUUCUAAAUUGCCAGAUAUGCUCAUUCAUAUCUGAUCAUGUUAUUAAUUUUUGCUUAAUUGAAUGUAUCUUUUUUGUGGCCAUUGGACAUCUACAAAGGGUCAUAUAACAAAAGAUUGCAGCAAGCAGUCACAGUCUGCUGAUCUCAAACUUCAGAGUAGUUGACCUGAAAUAAGUUUGAAUAUGCAGAAAUCCACUGUAGCACUUCAAGACUAUCAUACCUCACUUCAUAAUAUAUUUUUUCAAGAUGUUUGUUUUACUUAAUUCUGUCCAAUUUUGUAGUUGCAGCCUUGCUUAAAAAAAAAACCCCAAACAUAUUGGAGGAUUGUUAGCCUUUUUUGGCCUUCUUGGCAAGUACCACAGUCUUUGAAUCAUGACCCAAGAAAGGUGAUUUCAAGUAUCUACAAUACUUGGCUGUAAUACUGUGUUCAGUAAUUCUAAGUGCUUUGUUUUGUAAUGUCUUUUCAACCCAAACAAAUUGUUCUAAUCUUUUAAUUAUAAACUGUGUCUGAUAAAAAGCGCGAGAAGUGUAGUUUUGAAGAUAGUUACUCAUUUAGAAAUGCAGUAAAAUUCGUCAUUAAGUAAAUGUGAAUGUUUCACGUAAUACACAAUUGAAGUAAAACACUUUUAAUAGUACUGUUUUUAAAGUUUGUGAUCUAGCAUUUAAACUCCUAUUUAAUUCAUCUUGAUUUCAGUAAUGUUUCACCUGUAUUCACAUAUUUUUAAUCUGUGAUGUGAAAGCACAAAGGCCAAAUAUAUAUAUAAAAAAAAGACAGGUGCCUUCCUAUGGAUUUCAGAGCUUAUCUUUAGGGUUUUGUUUCUUCAAGUCUUUUGUAGAUAUUAAAAGAUAUUGUCAUGCAUAAGAAAUGGUAUUACAUCUGUUUGCUUUGCACUUUCCUGGCUAAAGGGACAUUGAUUGGUCCGUAUGAACAGGUGUAAAAGUUGUAGAAGCUUCAAGCUGAAGGUGUGAUGAACUGGUCAGGGCUACCCUGCAUGAAUAAUGUUCUUCAAGCAGGGCUUUGGACAGGUUGCUCCCACAAGGCUCCCGUUUAUGGUCCUUUUUAAAAGCUUUCUAUUUCAAAGUACAGUAAAUAUUAAAGAGGCUUCAAACCUUGCACAUUUCUGUUACCAAAGUUGCAUAGAACUUAAUUGUGAAGCGUGGAUAGUUUUAAGAGAACACACAGUUUACAUUAAAGAAACAAGUUCUUCUCAUUAAUAGAAUUUAUGUCAAAAUACCUUCUGUGGAGGAGCAGUUCCAGUACACUGCAGAACUGGGUCUCGCAUACAGGUAACAACAUUAUCCAUACUCUGAAAGUGAAAACCUCACAACUGCUCUCCUAAUUAGUGGAAGAUAAGUCAAAGUCUAUGAGGUUAUUAAGGAAACAAAGCGUAAAACAGGAAAGAAGGGAAUUAAUUUGUUUUAGAAUAUAUUAUCUUAACCAGAAUUUCUGAAAAGAGGUGUGCAGACCAAGCUGUGGGUAAAUUUGUUUCUAAUUAGUUUCUAAUUGAUUUUUCAGUGGUAAUACAGAUGCAUUUGUCCAAUAAGGUAAAUCUUCAUUUUUAUCUGUAAUUCAAAAAGGGGAUGCAUUAGUCUUUCCUGACUCUAGAACUUAGGCUAUUUUACCACCUAUACACAUUAAUCUUCCAAAAAUUUUGAAAUAAACUACCAAUGAGCUAACUUUCCUUUCUUUCCUCUUAAUUACAAAAUUAAUAAUAUCUGUGCUAUUUGAGGUGUGUUUUGGACAUGCAAGCUUGGGUUGACUGUAUUAAAACUGCUUUCUUUUAUUUGGUAUAAAUACUUUAAGAACUAAAAACAGAGCUACUUAGCUUAGAAAAGGUGUUUUCAUUGAACUUAUUUUGUCUGUGAAUAAGAAUUAUUCCCUUUACUGUGCCUUCUUGUCCAUCACUCAAAUAUUUCUUCCAACUUGAAGUAUCAGUUUCUUUUUUCUCUUUGUACUUUCUGCUAAACAUUCUUAGGGUUUCUUUGAUGCAAACAGCAUUUUUGAAUGUUUAAAUUUCACAUUUUUACAUGUUUUUAGCAAGGUAAAUCUUGCUUUGGAAGAAAUCGAAUUAAUUUAACAUUACCUAUUGGGGAGACCCAUGUCCAAGUUCUUUUCCAGUCUGUAGGGUUACUUAUUCACGAGAAGUAAAACCCAUGGACUUUUUCAGGAUCGGGGUCUGCAGUGUGUCACUGAAGGCAGCUAGAAGAGGGAUACAGCUGACUGUAUAGAAAUGUGUCAGCUGGAAGUUAGAAGAUAAGCAUUAAUUGCUCAUUGAAUGUAACCACAGUCUUCACCUUUUUCCUUGUCUACAAUUUUAAAAAAGACAUGGAUGGGAAUUCAAAUUAUUACAUUAUUAGCAUGUUCAUAUCAAGACUUUGGAUUACUUGGGAAAACUUGUACAUCUCAAUGCCAUGACCAUUGCCUUAAUGUACUCAAGGAUUUAAGAUUGCAUAGUAACUGAUUAUGAAAAAAGAAAGAGGCCUCAAGCUGGGAACUUCUUAAAGAACAUCUUAUUCUUAGAAGUAACCUACAGUAGUUAUUUGCUUAUCUUCAGAGAUGAUUAUCUAACUGGAAUCUGUUUUGUUCCCUUGUACAUGAGCCUGCUUCCCCACCUCUUUUAUUGGAGAACUGUGCAAUGUUACUGGACAUUAAACCACAUGAAACACAUGGUCACUGUAAAUUAUUUACAAGAGUAAGUAAGAGUACAUCUGUGAAAUUCAGUAGUUUUUCAUCAUAUUCUGCAGAUGGGGUUCUUUCUUUACUUGGGUUGAGUUGUUUCUUCUUGUCAAACAGCAAAUCUUCUCAUAGCCGGCCUUGAACUCUUCAGGCAAGAUAUUUUUAGCGAGAUUAAUGCCUUUCUUUUCGUCAGCACAUGACAAGCACAAGUACUAGUCAUCAGUGAGAGAAGGAAUUGCUGUCCACUCCUGCCUUGUGAGCAGCGCAUAUUCUGACUGCUACAGGCCCGUAAGGAUGUUUAAAGUGGGAUGCAUCAGAAAGUUCCAAAUAAGGCAGCUAGUGCGUAGGGUUUGUUUAAAUUGGAAUCCAAAAUUGUGCAUAGAUAUGGCCUAUAUCCGUAGGUGUAAACCAUUUAACCAUCAGCAAAAUAUUGAUAUUAUAUUUUUAUUCCCUGCAAAGAGCUUACUUUCUCCAUGGAUUUUCCACCCCUACCUUCUGACAGUACUUUUCUGUGUGUGCUUUUCUGUGUGUGCUUCAGGUGUAAGUUUUUGGGGCAGGGACUCUUCAUCUAUACAGCAUUUUGUAUAUCGGGGCAAGUAUAAGUCCAAUAAAAAUGAUUGUAAAAAGUCAAUGUAGAAGAUAGAUUUCAUUUGGGGAGUACAUACUCUUUAGGGUUCAUAGCUGAGUUGUACUGUUCAGGUUUAUGUCAAAUUCAAAGCAUCUGACUGCUGUGUAAUUCAAGACAGACAACAUUACACCCCCUAGGAACCAGUUGCUGGGAUCAAGAAUGACUACAGCAGCAGCAAGUGAGCAAAAUAUUGCAUGGAUGGUUUAAUACAACUUGUCUGAGAAAGAAAGUGAAAUUCAAUACUCAUGAUUCUUAGGGAGAACCUCAAAAUAAAAAUGACUGGACUUGAAGAAGGCAGCCCAGAAAAUUGAUAGGGAAGAUCUCACAGAAGACAAGUUUGAGUUAAGAGAGGAACUGAGGAGAUAAGACAGUUCCUUGGAGACGUGAAGGUCUUAACUGAAAAUAUGUGCCAGACUAGCUGUAAUAAGAGACCAACUCAGUUAAACAAGGAAUUUCAUUGAAUUCAAAUACAAUGAGCAGAGGACCAUGGAAGGUGGAAAUUCAGAUAACGCCAAAGAACAGUGUCAACAGAUAGGGAUGAAAGCAGAUGAGAUACACCAGUCAGCUGACAGAAUAAAUGCAUAAGUAGUAAAAGAUUUGCACUAACAAAAGUUCUGACUACUUAAAAGAGUAUGGCUAUUGACACAGGUGAUUGGUGUUUGGUUCAAAGCUGCAAUUUCUGUUGAAUUAUUUCGUUUGUUACAGUGAUGACUGAUCCAAAAAGUCACUGCCAACUGCCAGAGUAUUGCUUGUGCAGAUGAUAUGAGUGAGAAAGAUUGAAGAAGCUUGCCUAGAAAAAGGAAAACAGCAUAGAAAAUGGUUAUAUCCUGUCAAAUUGACUGAGCCGGACAAAUUUCUUCCUGGUAUUUAAAGAACUAAGCUGAGUAAUUUCAGCAAUUUAAAGAUCAUCUUUGUGAUGUCCUUCUGUCCUAUCAGUUAGUGAGUAACAUGCUAAAAACCAGUCCUUCUAUUUCUGAGCUCCUUAUUUAAGCAUUUUUGUCUUGAUUAUUAAACAACUUUGAUAAAAAGGAUAAGGUAGCUGUGUGUUCACUGUGCUAACUGCAGGACUUCACUAGCAAGAGAUGAGAGCAUUGCUUCAAUUUCUUAUCUAUGUUUAGAGGAGCUCUCAGAUAAGCUUAUUUUUAAAAUUAGUAUGAUAAACUUUUCUCUUUCCAUGUUAACAUGUUUAUUCCCACUGGUGGUCCAGAUGCCUGCCUUAAGAACUUCAUAAGAAAUCUCAUUUAUCUUCUUUUUACCUGAAGCAUGAUAUCCUUAUGGAAGGAAUGAGUUAAGUACAGCUACCAUCUUUUUCUUCAAUCAAAAAUACUGCGAUGUUGAAGCAUACUCAAAGGCAUCAGCCCAUCAGUCUGUUUUGUUUUCAGAAGAGAUUACCAAUAGAGAAAGAAUGAAUUUCUUACCAAUGAGAAAGAAAAUCCAUUGGAAAUCAGGUCUCGGUUUGGCAUCUUCACAGUUUCGUUACUGAAGACUCUGAUCUUCAAAGUGGAGCCAUACCUGUUGCUCUCUGUGCACAGAACAUCUGUCUUAGUCUUGGCAUGAGUCUCCAUGGCCAGUGGUAUCUCCAAAGCUGAUAGCUUUAAGACUGCAGAGGCUUGUGAGGAUGCGACAGUUGGAAACUUGAAACUUGUCCAAACUUUACAUUGCCUAGUCUGUUGUUUUUAAUGUUAACUAUUUCUUACUUGGAACUAUUAAAGUUGCCGAGGAACAGCUUAUGUUUCUGGCUUCCUUGCCAGAAGACUCACUCUUCUUUCCUCCAUCACAUCACAAACUAAUGCCUGGUCAUGAGGGGAGGGACUGAGAGGCUCCAUAGAAAAAUGGCAGCCGAUACUGGAUUGCCAUCAAUUCAGAGAGAGCAAAGAGAGCAGUCUGGUUUUGAUCAGCCUCUCUCAUAAGAAAACAUAAAGAAGACAGGAGUAUUAAGUGCAUAGUACUGCUGGCAUGUACAUGUACAAAGACCUGGUUUCUGGAGUACAUCACAACUAUUACUUACAGAUUUACUUACUGAACAUCUCUUCAUGCCUCCUUGCUUGGCAUAGCAUAAUAUGGUACUGCCUUACCACUAAAAUGACCCCCAGAGUCUGCACAAAGUACCGUCCUAAAACAAAUGAGGAAAGAGAAACAUUUGUCUUAGAACAGAGUGAUUUAAAUAUCUUCUUUCAAAAUAUGAAGUUAAUAAUGUCUGUUACAGCUGCAUGCACCAUAAUAUCUUAAAAUUUGAAGCAGUUAUGUGUUGCCAAAGUCUCAAAGAGAAUGCAUUGAACCGAUGAAUGGAGUAGCACAAACCCCUCCCUCUUUACAGAGUUAAGAGUGGGAAGCAAGUUCUUGAAGUGCUAAACUACAGUCGGAGGACCCCUGGUGGUCUAGUGGUUAGGAUGUGGCGCUCUCACCGCCGAGGCCCAGGUUUGAUUCCCGGUCAGGGAGCUCCUCCGGGCAGAUGGAGCUCGUCAGCCCUGUAAGGCCAUCCAUCUAAGAGAAGGUCACUCUAAACAAACCUACGUCCUGAGGACCUCGCUGCCACCGUCCGAGCUUGCUCGGCCCCAGCAGAUGAACCUUAGGAUUAAAGGGUGGGCUCAGUUCAGCGCACACUGUGUCUCACCUAAAAAAUCCACUGCGCAGGCUCAAAGGGUAAUGACCUUUCCCAAAUCUUCGUUCGCGAAGACUGGCCAUGAUGAUGAUCAUCAUGAUGAUGAUGAUGAUGAUGAUGAAACAACAGUCUGAUAGCAGUAGCUGUUUCUUGCAGUUUAAUUUCACUUUAAUCAGCUCAAUUCAAACAAUUAGGUCAAAUUUGGAAAUGGGUUAGGAAUUGAAAAAGUUUUGGUUUUUUUUUUUCUUUCCAUACACAGGAUAGACCUAUGAAGGUAAAAUCCACUGUUAUCUAAAAGGUGAAGGCAGUGGCAACCAGAAACAAUCAGUUGUCCUCUUUGUUAACAAAAUGUAUUUCAUGGAUUUUUCCAAUACAUUUAAAACAGAUCUAAUCUAAGAAUUAUUUUAAGUGCCAUUUUCUGUAUUACUGCACUUUGCAUCCAAACAGAGCUCUUGGCAAACUAAUUAAGUGCUACAUAAUAAGAAAAUGUAUGCAGACAUUUUCAGAUAAAAUGUAACCAUUUAGCAUUAAUAAGCUAUAGAAUCUUAACUAUGAAAAAUGUAUUCCCUAGUUCUAAAAGGUUGCCAAUCAUUGUGAAGUGACUAUAUUUAAUUGCAAACAAACAUUUAAAUAAUUGCUAAUGAAGUAACAAUAAUCUUUUAGAAGAGAUAAAUAUAGAUGCAAAAUCGGGCUUAAAACAUAGGUUUUUGUUUAUUUAAGUCAUUAUUAAAAAGAAGUAACUUUUGACAGAAAUCAUUCCUCCUGUAAUCAAACUUAGGAGAGGCAGUAAGUAGUAUGUGCUUUGAGAUGCACAAGUUGGAUUUCUUUUCUGAGAUUUCAGUAACUAAAAUAUUGAGGUCUACCACAAGAUUAAAUAACCUGGCUUUCAUUUGCAAUCAGGGAAGACAAAAUAGACAGGCCUGGCAGGAGAACCAUUCUGUCCUAAAAGAGGUCACGUAAGUUGCUAUGUGGUAGUGACAGCGCUUGCUACCAGAGCAUAGGAAAACUUCUUUAGGCUUAGAUGUCUGGUGUUUCAUGGGGGUUUUUUUAAGUUUACUUUAAACAUCUCAAAAUGGAGAUGAGAGAGCUACAGUAAAUGCAGUUGACCUUGCUAUUGCCAUGUGUUGAUGGUACUGCAGUUUUUCUGAGUUCCCCUAACAGCAUCUUCUUUGUGGUUUUUGUUUGUUUGUUUGUUUGCAUUUUGGACCUUUAUAUGUCAUUUGCAAGGGGCUUACUCUAAGGCUUGCCUGUUCCCCCCUCCUCCCCCCUCCCUCGGAGAUCAUGUUUAAAUAUUUAUUUGUUGUACCCUGUGUCUGCAAGAGAUAACAUGCUGUGACUUCCUUGUUGUCAUGGCAUUAGUCUAAAUAAUUAGACAAAGAGUUAAGAGAUCUACAGUUACUGUUAGUGUAGAACACUGAGCUCUUUUUGAACUUUAAAUUCUCCUUGAUACUGAUCUGUCUUGGUUUUCCAUUGCUUCCCCAAUCUGGACAAGUAUGUGCCAUUAUUGUCUUCAUGAACUCAGUAAACUGAACUAAACAUUUCCAGUCCUGCUACACUUAUGUACACUCAUCAGAGAAUUUUUCCAUUUAACCAGUUACAUUUAACUGCUGCUUUUUCCCCAAAUGUUUCAGCAAGGGUACAGUUACUUCUGAUAUGUACAGCUUGGUGCCUGAAUGCUUAUUUUUGUCAUUUGAAUUUCUCAUCUUUGAGGAAAAUGAGAAAAUACUAUCUAGUAAGAGUGAGUUCUUUCAAAGCCCCUACACAUUCACACUCUCAGUAAAAAGACUUGAAUUACUGAAAGUAAUUAAGGGCUCCCAUCCUCAAAAUCUUUCAAGCUUUGCAUUACAGGAUGUGGGAAAGAGAGAGGGAAUCAGAAAGGUGGGUGGCUCCAACAAACAUUUAAGAUCUGGAAGCAUGCAGAUUGAUACCUGUAUCCAUCUGCAGCCUUGCAUAUUUCCUAACCUUUUAGGUCCUUUUUCAUUGCUUUCCAGGACCUGCUUUAAUGACUCUUGGAGUUCUUGUUUUUAGAUAAAUGAAAACCCAGAAAGAAAAUAUCAGUAUAAGUGUUCUGAUUUGCCAUAUAAUAAACUCUGAUAUACUCUAAGUAUCUGCCAGUACUUUGUACUGAUAUCUGAUUAUAAUUUCUGCCUGUACAUGAUAAAUGACAAAUACUUCAAUUAAUAAACUUAACAACCUCCAAGAGGAAACAGUAUUCUACUGUUGUUUAUCUCCCCUUCAUAUAAAUAAUUAAAUUGAUCCAAAUGAUGUGGUUUAAAUUUACAUUUUACUUUCGCCCCGAAGUGCUGAUUUUCCUUAUAUAGAUAUUGCUAACUUCUUGUCUAAGAAAUUUUCUAAAUGUUUUCAUGAUGUUAAGAUGGGUUUCAGUCUGUUAAUUAAUGAGUGUAAAAGAGACCUUAAUUCAGAAAAACAAGUCAGUGAAGUGUGAAAUACUGAUAGUCUUGUGUAAAAGUUGCUUUACAUUAUAGUUGAAGUGGCUUGAGAACAGAAGGGAGCACAUAAAAAAAUUAACCCAGAAUUAAGUAAAAACUUUAAUAUUCCACAUAUGGAAGAAUUUUUUCCACUACCAAUAUAUUUUGUAAUAUAGUUAAAAUAAAUCUGAUUAUUUUAUAGGAAAAACAGUAUUAUAAUAUCUAGCUUUUGCUUUUUCUUUUUAAUAAACACUUAAACUUUCCCAAUUUUAAAUUGUGUUUCUUUUUCAGAACUAGGUUUUCAUGUGUAUGACAACUUAACUGAGUAGGAACAGAGCAUACAUUUCCUUGGUGCAUCUAUAUUUGUAAUACUUUGCCUCUCCUUAUUUGACUUCAAAUACCCGACAAUUAAGUCUCAUUGUCCUUGUGAGAAGUAGCAUUACCUGGCUUUACCGAGGAAAACAAGAAUUGAGAGAAAAUGGUCUGAAGGAGAUCAAACAGUCCCUUCCAGUACCAGAAGUAAAGGACUCUGAGUUACUGGGUACUUCCAUUUUCUCAGCUGUAGAAUGUUCUUUAAUGUGCCAGGCAGUAUCAAAAACAUACGUACUUCAUAAGCAUACAGAAACUCUUGGCAUGUUUUCUCCAACAGAAUGUUUGGUUUAAAAGUCUUUUAAACAAGCGAUCAGUGAUCUGAUUGUGCCUGAUGCUUAAUAUAGGUAGCAAUUAAAAAAUGGGAAACCACGUAAUUUUAUCUUUGUCUCUAAGGUGGCAAUGUUUUGGCCUCUUUCUAGUGUGACUUUCUCAACUACAACUUUGUUGCAAGUUGUCAUUAGAGGCAUUGCAUUUCAUUCUUAACCCGUGUUGCAAAUAGUUUUGCACUGGAAACUCCAAGACUAUUGUGUAUUAUUUCCAUAUUUUGCAUCACUGAUUAUUGUUAAUACAGUCUUUGUAAACGCAGUUACACAUUUUAUUUUAAACUCUUGCAGUCUAAUCCCUGUUGUGUGCUAGCAGUUGUUUUUUCAAUAAAUUUGUUCAUAAAUGAGUUGGUGGUGAAGGGCAAGAACGAUCGACCAGAACGUUAGUUUAACUUUGGUGAAUCUGUAAUGAGGUUCCCAGUGUUUCUUUGAGGUCAAUUUCUGGGGGGAGUAAUUGUCUUGGAGCCUGUUUCCAUUCAGAAGGAAAAGAGCUUCCAAGUUAAAGUGCAGAGCCAAGGCAGGCACUGUUGGUACUCUGAAAGCCCGUGCCCGCUCUGCCUCUCGGGCUGAGGCUGUAACAAUCCCCCUCCCUGAACAUGGGACUGUGCGGUGACAUCCCAGCGCCAUCCUGUUGCUGGUGCCGCCGCGGCCCCGGGCGGUGGCGCCUCUCCUGCCCCACCGGGCCCUGCCGCUGCCGCGCCGCUCCCGGAGUGCGUUCCCAGCGGAAAAGCCCCGCUAGCGGGCGUCUGCUCCCUCCCGUCCCGCCUGCGCCUCCCGUGGGCCCCGCUCCGGCCGCAGCGCCCCCGAUCGAGAGCGACAAUAGCGGCUCUUCCCGACGCCCCGCGCGCUGCCCGGCGGGAGAGCGGGCGGGGCCGGGCUGUGAGGAGCGGCCUCGCGCCGCUCCGCGCCAUCUUGGGCCCGCGCCGGGGGCAGCGCUCCCCCUCCCUCUGCAAGAUGGCGGCGGCCGGGUGAGUGACAUGCCCGGUCACGUGGGCGCGGAGCCCCUCUCCCCCCGCGUUACACGCUCUCCAUGGCUCAGCCGGACACACGGGCGGCGGCGGCGACGGACGGACGGACGGAGCCGCGGCGGGAGCGGGGCCGCGGCGGAGCGCGGCGCCUUCUUUGUCUGCGGCCUCGGCAAGGCGAGCGCCUUCCCUUCCCCGACCCUUCAGCGCCCUCGAUAGAGGGCUCGGCUUCUUCUUCCCUGCCAGGAGAGGCGGCGAGGGCUCCUCGCUGGGGCGGCCGGGGCGGGGGUCCUUCCGCGGCCCUUUCGCCCCCGCCGGCGACACAGCGCGACCUCGGGCGAGUGGGGCCGGGUCUGGCGCGCCCCGGCCCGUGGCCGCCGGCUCUGCGGGCAGCGGGCGGGCCGGCCCCGCGGGACGGCGGGAGGUCAGGGCGGGCCGGUGGCCGCCGCCUCUCCGCCCCGCACCCCCUUCCUCUGCGGCUGCCCGGGCCGGGCCGGUGGGGCUGCGCUGCGGGGAGGGGCGGCGCGGGCAGGACCUGUGCCCCGCCGGCCCCGCGGGGGUGGGCAAGGGGGGCGGCUGGGGGGAUCGGGGGGUGGAAGGUGUCUGUCUGCUGCGUUUCUGUUCCCCCUCCGUUUCUCUCCUUUCUUCCCUCCCUCCUUCCCCUCCCCGCCCCAUCUGUUACAGGCUUGCGGAACUGUAGCUGUUUGAAAUUAAACGUGAUCUUUACUGUACCAGCUGGGGUCUGUAAUGUAUCUGAUAAAUGAAGCUCUUCCCGUCGGUUUCAGGUCAUGCAAGGAAAAGGGCAAAGCUGGGGAGGGAGCUGGGCGGGGUUUCCCUUUGCUUUUCACAGUCAGGCGAGAGGAGUCUGGUUGAUGUCUGCAACAGAUAAAGGAGACGAGGAUCAUCGAAAGACCCCAGAGCCCUUUUGUCUUUCUGCUGUUUUUCCUUCUAAUUUCACGUAUCGCUGCUGUGUUGUCUACCUGCUUGUUUCCCCCUUCAGAAGGGGUCGGGAGCACCAGGGCCCUGGCUGAGGUAGUAGUUUGUGCUGUUGGUCGGGUUGUGACAUUGCCCGCUGUGGAGAUAACUGCGCAAGCUACUGCCUUGCUAGUGCUGGUGAUGAUCAGCUGCAGAUGAAGACAAUGACAGUGGGAAUCCCCUUUGUUUUCCGAGAUUGCAUGCUGCUGAGGUGGCAACAAUUCCUUCUCCUAGUUCUGCAGGAGGAAUCUAGCCUUGGCCACAGAGACGAGUAGUGGUGUUCGACCGCAUCGGUAGGAUGCCACUUCUCUCACAGAGCUGGAUGAAAAACCAUUACUUUCACGCUGGCUGGAGGGCACCUGAAUUUGGGCUGAAGAGCAAGUGUCUGCAUUUCUUCUCAGACCUUAUUAUUCACAUGACAUCCUUGAAAGAGGUGGAUUUUCUGUUUUGUGAAGAUGGAAAUCAGUGACUUGUAUUUUCUAUGUUCUAAACUUGUUUGUGUAGUAUUAAGUGGUUUUGCCUGAAUAGUAAAAAGUCUUAAAUAUUUUUCUAAGAAAAGCAAAAAUAUGUACUUACUACUUCCCUACACUGGUAAGAGUCCUUUUCAGUAUAGUUGCCAUUGUACUGCUUGGUGCUAACAGUUUUUUAGGUGAUCUUCUGAGAUACCUUUCCUGUAUGUUUUGACUUACUGUGAAAAGCAAACCUAUGAAUUUGCUAUUGUGAAUUAACUAAAACUGUUAGUAUAUUUAUAGUGAUGGCUAAAGGUAUCUUUUUCAUAUGAAUUUUAAUGUGUUGAUCGUUAUUAUAAUGGCUUAAACUUGGAAUAUAUUAAAAUGUUUACAAUAAAUGUGCACAACUGUCUGCUAUGUUUUUAAAAAUGAAAGUUAAUUUUUCAGUCUUUAUAAGACCUAUGAACAGGUUGUGGUUAAUCUGUUGAGUUUAUACUGAAAGUUAAAGCUCUAGCUAAACGCUUGAAAUUAAGUUUGUGCCUUAGUAGUGCUUCUAAUUCACAGUUCUAAUGUAUUUAUAAUAUUGGAAAGAACAUGGUGAUGUUUAACUGUCUCUUUUAAUUUUUUGAACUCUGUGUGUUUAGAAGACAUGCAGAGGUUUCUCUUGUACAUCUGCUGAAUGUAAAGUGCCUUGCAGAACACAGAGAAGUUUAAUCUGAUGAUGCUUCAUUUCUGCCCUGUGCAGUGUGUUAUUCUGGUAAUUCAAGCUCUGUCAUAAACUAAACUUUUUAAAAGCUAGGUGUUCUCAUGCUCACUAAUAAACUAACACAUUAAGUAUU